ACCACAAUCAUCAUACAUCAAACCAUCGUCGUGGUUUUCUUAGGUCAGUUGGCCGUUGGCAGUUGGCGCACUCGCUUCGGACGACUAUCAAACAAGCCCGCGUUGGGUCAGGUUAUUGCCGGGACAUUUUGUGCUGUGCCCGAUGAUUGGCUGAGAAGAAAAAUGGUCGAAUCUGCAGCAGCUCCCACAGCUAGCCAGUUAUACAGUAUAUUUUUUGUGAAUGCUGUUCCCUUUAUCGCUUUCGGGUUUCUUGAUAACUUUAUCAUGAUAAUGGCGGGCGAAUACAUUGAAUACUAUUUGGGUCACUUUAUAACGCUGUCAACAAUGGCGGCAGCUGGCCUUGGUAACACCAUAAGCGAUAUUCUAGGCAUCACUAUGGCCACCUAUGUUGAAAACGGCUGCCAGAUAUUGGGCCUGAAGCAGCCCAAGUUGACACCAGCCCAAUUCGAGCUGAAGUCCAGCAAGCGAUCAUCCAGUAUUGGUCGUAUUGUUGGCAUUACAGUGGGAUGUCUGCUUGGAAUGUGUCCCUUAUGGUUCAUGGAAGAAAAAACCGUCAGAGAAGCUAGAUGCUGCGACUGA